AUGGCCUGUGGACUUGUGAUCCUCCUGUGUGGCUGGGUUCUAGUUUCCUGUCAUGGGUCUAACUUGGAUGUGGAGAACCCCAUCGUGUUCAGAGAGGAUGCAGCCAGCUUCGGACAGACUGUGGUACAGUUUGGUGGAUCUCGACUUGUGGUGGGAGCCCCUCUGGAGGUGGUGGCAGUCAACCAAACAGGACAGCUGUAUGACUGUGCACCUGCCACUGGCAUGUGCCAACCCAUCUUACUGCACAUUCCCCUAGAGGCAGUGAACAUGUCCCUGGGCCUGUCUCUGGUGGCUGCCACCAAUAACUCCCAGUUGCUGGCUUGUGGUCCAACUGCACAGAGAGCUUGUGCAAAGAACAUGUAUGCAAAAGGUUCCUGCCUCCUUCUAGGCUCCAGCCUGCAGUUCCUUCAGGAAGUCCCUGCUACCAUGCCAGAGUGUUCGGGACAAGAGAUGGACAUUGCUUUCCUGAUUGAUGGAUCUGGCAGCAUUGAUCAAAGUGACUUUACCCAGAUGAAGGACUUUGUCAAAGCCUUGAUGGGCCAGUUUGCAAGCACCAGCACCUUGUUCUCCCUGAUGCAGUACUCAAACAUCCUAAAGACCCAUUUUACCUUCACGGAAUUCAAGAGCAGCCUGAGCCCUCAGAGCCUGGUGGAUGCCAUCGUCCAGAUGCAAGGCCUGACGUUCACAGCCACAGGCAUCCAGAGAGUGGUGAAAGAGCUAUUUCAUAGUGCGAAUGGGGCCCGCAAAAGUGCUAAGAAGAUCCUAAUUGUCAUCACAGAUGGGCAGAAAUACAGAGACCCCCUGGAGUACAGAGACGUCAUCCCCGAGGCAGAGAAAGCUGGCAUCAUUCGCUAUGCUAUUGGGGUGGGAGAUGCCUUCCGGGAACCCACUGCCCUGCAGGAGUUGAACACCAUUGGCUCAGCUCCCCCCCAGGACCAUGUGUUCAAAGUGGGCAACUUUGUAGCACUUCGCAGCAUCCAGAGGCAACUUCAGGAGAAAAUCUUUGCCAUUGAGGGAACCCAGUCAAGGUCAAGUAGUUCCUUUCAGCACGAGAUGUCACAAGAAGGUUUCAGUUCAGCUCUCACAAAAGAUGGACCAGUUCUGGGGGCUGUGGGAAGCUUCAGCUGGUCUGGAGGUGCCUUCUUAUACCCACCAAAUAUGAGACCCACCUUCAUCAACAUGUCUCAGGAGAAUGUGGACAUGAGAGAUGCUUACCUGGGUUACUCCAUCGCACUGGCCUUUUGGAAGGGGGUCCACAGCCUGAUCCUGGGGGCCCCUCGCCACCAGCACACGGGGAAGGUUGUCAUCUUUACUGAGGAAUACAGGCAUUGGAAGCCCAAGUCUGAAGUCAGAGGGACACAGAUCGGCUCCUACUUUGGGGCAUCUCUCUGUUCUGUGGACAUGGAUGGCGAUGGCAGCACUGACCUGGUCCUGAUCGGAGCCCCUCAUUACUAUGAGCAGACUCGAGGGGGGCAGGUAGCAGUGUGCCCCAUGCCUGGUGUGAGGAGCAGGUGGCAGUGUGAGGCCACCCUCCAUGGGGAGCAGGGCCAUCCUUGGGGCCGCUUUGGGGCGUCUCUGACAGUGCUAGGGGAUGUGAAUGGGGACAGUCUGGCGGAUGUGGCUGUUGGUGCACCUGGAGAGGAGGAGAACAGAGGUGCUGUCUACAUAUUUCAUGGGGCCUCCCGACUGGACAUCACUCCCUCACCCAGCCAGCGGGUCACUGGCUCCCAGCUCUCCCUGAGGCUCCAAUAUUUUGGGCAGUCAUUAAGUGGGGGUCAGGACCUCACACAGGAUGGCCUGGUGGACCUGGCUGUGGGAGCCCAGGGGCACGUGCUGCUGCUCAGGAGUCUGCCUUUGCUAAACGUGGCGAUCUCUAUAAGAUUUGCCCCCACUGUGGUGGCAAAGGCUGUGUACCAGUGCUGGGAAAGGACUCCCACUGUCCUCGAAGCUGGAGAGGCCAUUGUCUGUCUCACUGUCCACAAAGGUUCAACUGACCUGUUAGGUGACAUCCACAGCUCUGUCAGAUAUGAUCUGGCGUUGGACCCCGGCCGUCUGAUAUCUCGUGCCAUUUUUGAUGAGACUAAGAGCUUCACUUUGACUCGAAGGAAGACUCUGGGCCUUGGUGAUCACUGCGAAACAAUGAAGCUGCUUUUGCCAGACUGUGUGGAGGAUGCUGUGAACCCUAUCAUCCUGCGUCUCAACUUUUCCCUGGUAGGAGACUCUGCUUCAUCCACGAACCUUCGUCCUGUGUUGGCUGUGGGCUCACAAGACCACAUAACAGCUUCCCUCCCAUUUGAGAAGAACUGUAAGCAGGAACUCCUGUGUGAGGGGGACCUGGGCGUCAGCUUUAACUUCUCAGGCCUGCAGGUCUUGGUGGUGGGAAGCUCCCCAGAGCUUACUGUGACAGUAACGGUGUGGAAUGAGGGUGAGGACAGCUAUGGGACUUUAAUCAAGUUCCACUACCCAGCAGGGCUAUCUUACCGACGGGUGACGGGAGCACAGCAACCUCAUCAGUACCCACUACGCUUGGCAUGUGAGGCUGAGCCCAUGGGCCAGGAGAGCCUGAGGAGCGGCAGCUGUAGCAUCAAUCACCCCAUCUUCCGAGAAGGUGCAAAGGCCACCUUCAAGAUCACUUUUGAUGUCUCCUACAAGGCCUUCCUGGGGGACAGGCUGCUUCUGAGGGUCAGCGCAAGCAGUGAGAAUAAUAAGCCUGAAACCAACAAGACUACCUUCCAGCUGGAGCUCCCAGUGAGGUACACGGUCUAUACUGUGAUCAGUAGGCAGGAAGAUUCCACCAAGCAUUUCAACUUCUCAUCUUCCCACGGAGAGAGGAGAGAGGCCGAACAUCGCUAUCGUGUCAAUAACCUGAGUCCACUGAAGCUGGCUGUCACUGUUAACUUCUGGGUCCCCAUCCUUCUGAACGGUGUGGCCGUGUGGGAUGUGGCUCUGAGGAGCCCAGCACAGGGUGUCUCCUGUGUGUCACAUAGGGAACCUCCUCAGCAUCCCGACUUUCUGACCCAGAUUCAAAGACGUUCUGUGCUGGACUGCUCCAUUGCUGACUGCCUGCACCUCCGCUGUGACAUACCCUCCUUGGGCAUCCAGGAAGAGCUUGAGUUCAUUCUGAAGGGCAACCUCAGCUUCGGCUGGAUCAGUCAGACAUUGCAGAAAAAGGUGUUGCUCCUGAGUGAAGCUGAAAUCACAUUCAACACAUCUGUGUACUCCCAGCUGCCAGGGCAGGAGGCAUUCCUGAGAGCCCAGGUGGAGACGAUGUUAGAAGAAUCUGUGGUCUAUGAGCCUGUCUUCCUGGUGGCGGGCAGCUCCGUGGGAGGUCUGCUGUUACUGGCUCUUAUCACAGCCGCACUGUACAAGGUUGGCUUCUUCAAACAUCAGUACAAAGACAUGCUGAAUGGCGAGCCGGCGGAUCCUGACACAGCCAGCCAGGCAGAUUUCAACUAUGAGACUCCUCUACACCUUACAUCCUAG